ACGCAGUGUUUCCACAUCCAUAUCACAUCUGAUAGCAUUUUCUCUUGUGAGUUCUGAUCAUGGGGACUCCACGGAGCCCCAUUUGGAGUGUCUUUGGUGCAGUCGUAUUGUUGUUGGUGGCCGCCUCAAGCUCAAGUGCUACGACGCCGACUGAAACAUCGGUUGUCGGCUCAACCGAGUGUCUAGAUUGUGCCCAGAAGAACAUCAAGAGUGAGGAUGCAGCCAAAGGAUUACGCGUAGUCGUCAAAUGCAAAGUAAGCAACGAGAAAUACGAGACCAAAUCAGUCGGCGCUGUCGAUGGCAAUGGCAACUUCAACGUUAAGCUCCCGAGCGACCUCCUGCAAACCAACGGCGAGCUCAAGCAAGAAUGCUUCACGCAGCUCCACAAUGGUCCCAACGCGCCCUGCCCAGACAAGAAUGGACUCACCAGUCCCUCCAGCAAAUUAAUCCUCAAAUCUAAGGGCAUCUUCACCGCUGCCGGGAAGCUGUCCUUUGCCUCGGCGACAUGCGUCUCCGCCACCUUCUUACCGCCCUACAGCGACCCCUGGCACAAAAAGCCCUACAUCGACCCCUGGCACAAAAAGCACUACAGCUACCAUUGGCACAACAAGCCCAAGUACUCAUUCCAUCUUCCACCCUUCCAUCUUCCACCCAAGCAUGACUACCACCAUCACUAUCCCAUCUAUACCCCACCAACACCGACCUAUAAGCCGACGCCGCAUUACAAUCCGCCGUCAGGAGGAUACUAUAACCCACCUACGCCGACCUAUAAACCGGCGCCGACAUACAAGCCACCACCAACGUACACGCCACCAUCCGGAGGAUACUAUAACCCACCGACACCAACCUAUAAGCCUGCGCCGACGUACAAGCCGCCAUCCGGAGGAUACUAUAACCCACCGACACCAACCUAUAAGCCUGCGCCGAUGUACAAGCCACCGUCUGGAGGAUACUAUCCGGGUCACCCACACACCGAGGCGAAUCAGAAGCCAUAGAGGAAGAUGAAGAGGUUAAUAAUUAUAUAUGUGAUGAUAUGCAUUGCAUGAAGGUAAGGGCAGCCAAUACUAUGCAUGUAGUUGCUGCGUAAUAAUUGAUGUUUUUUAGGAGAUAUGUGUGAAGCAUUUGUGUCGGAGAGAGUUCUCCUUUCCAUAUUACUUUUGAGUGUAAUAUAUAGAAGCACUUGUUUUUCGAUUGAGUAAUGUUGUGUAUGAUGGCUAUCAGCAAAUGUAAUAAUUAAAACUUAAUUUCUUUGCUCGUUUGGCUUUUAAA